AACUUCAUUUUACACCCAUCCGGCUGGUAGAGCCUCCCUUUUAUUAUUUAUAUUACAACAACAUAAAGCGCAAGUGUAGAAGCUGUUCUGGAAAGUGAAGGCGGCUGCUGCUUCUCUCUUUCUGGAUCUUUCUUUGUUUGAAUUGUCGUAGUAGUAACAAGUUUGUGCAGAGAAGGAAGAGACCACAAACAUCAAAAAUAGAAAUCCAAAUCAAACAUGGGGAGCUCAGGAUUCUCGUUUAAAUUGGCCGAUCACCCGAAGCUGCCAAAGGGUAAGACUGUGGCUGUGGUGGUUUUGGACGGCUGGGGUGAGGCCAAGCCCGAUCAGUACAACUGCAUCUCUGUCGCCGAUACUCCCACCAUGGAUUCCCUCAAACAGGGUGCUCCUGAGAGAUGGAGGUUAGUUAAGGCUCACGGUACUGCCGUAGGCCUUCCUACAGAAGAUGAUAUGGGCAACAGUGAGGUUGGUCACAAUGCUCUUGGGGCCGGUCGCAUCUAUGCUCAAGGUGCAAAGCUUGUUGACCUUGCUCUUGCCUCUGGAAAGAUUUAUGAAGGAGAAGGUUUUAAGUACAUAAAGGAAUGUUUUGAAAAUGGCACAUUGCAUCUCAUUGGGCUUUUGAGUGAUGGCGGAGUUCACUCCAGGCUUGAUCAGUUGCUGUUAUUGCUUAAAGGAUGUAGUGAGCAAAAUGCUAAGAGAAUCCGUGUUCAUAUUCUUACUGAUGGCCGUGAUGUUUUGGAUGGUUCAAGCGUAGGAUUUGUAGAAACUCUUGAGAAUGAACUUGCAAAAUUACGGGAAAGGGGUGUUGAUGCACAGAUUGCAUCUGGCGGCGGUCGCAUGUAUGUUACAAUGGAUCGUUAUGAGAAUGACUGGGAUGUAGUCAAACGUGGAUGGUACGCCCAGGUUCUUGGUGAAGCCCCUUACAAAUUUAGAAGUGCUGUUGAAGCUGUCAAGAAAUUAAGGGAGGAACCUAAGGCCAGUGACCAGUAUUUGCCUCCUUUUGUUAUUGUUGAUGAGAAUGGGAAGCCUGUUGGCCCUAUAUUUGAUGGUGAUGCAGUGGUUACAUUCAACUUCCGAGCAGAUCGGAUGACUAUGAUUGCUCAGGCGCUUGAAUAUGAAAGUUUUGACAAGUUUGAUCGAGUUCGAUUCCCUAAAAUCCAUUACGCUGGAAUGCUUCAGUAUGAUGGUGAGUUGAAGCUUCCAAGCCAUUACCUUGUUUCGCCUCCAGAGAUCGAGAGAACAUCUGGUGAAUAUCUAGUGCACAAUGGUGUUCGUACUUUUGCUUGCAGUGAGACUGUCAAAUUUGGUCACGUCACUUUCUUCUGGAAUGGAAACCGCUCUGGGUAUUUCAAUUCGGAACUGGAGGAAUACAUUGAAAUUCCAAGUGAUUCUGGAAUAACUUUCAACGUGCAGCCAAAGAUGAAGGCAUUGGAGAUUGCUGAAAAAACGAGAGAUGCUAUACUUAGCCAAAAAUUCGACCAGGUGCGUGUUAACCUACCAAAUGGUGACAUGGUGGGCCAUACUGGUGAUAUUGGGGCUACAGUUGUUGCUUGCAAGGCUGCCGAUGAAGCUGUCAAGAUGAUUCUUGACGCAAUAGAGCAAGUGGGUGGAAUUUAUGUUGUUACUGCAGAUCACGGUAAUGCAGAGGACAUGGUGAAGAGGAACAAGACCGGGCAACCUCUUCUGGACAAGAAUGGGAACAUUCAAAUACUCACUUCCCACACUCUUCAACCAGUGCCAAUUGCAAUUGGAGGUCCUGGAUUGGCGCCUGGUGUUCAGUUUCGCAAGGAUGUUCCUAAUGGUGGGCUUGCAAAUGUUGCUGCAACUGUGAUGAAUCUCCAUGGAUUUGAGGCUCCUAGUGACUAUGAGCCAUCCCUCAUCGAAGUUGUUGAUAACUAGCACAGCAUAAAGAAAGAUUUCUAUGUUUUACUGCAAUUCAGAAGGCUGUUGAGUACAGCUUGUCAUUCUGAUAAAUAAGCAUCAAUUUUCUUAUCCUGUCACCAUUAUGGUGGCUUCGGUAUUUUGGAACCACAUUUUGAUAGCUGUCUGUGGAGGUUGACAGAACAGGAUGGUUAAAAUGAAUUUUUCAUGUAUUUUUCUUCUUAACCAUGAUCAUGGUCAUGCCGCGGUGUUCGCAGACA